AAGAAUUGAUCGCUUGCACAGAGAAAAUAUCAAGGACAGCGCAAGACUGAGACCACAUAAAUAUACAAUCCAGUAUACCUCUCCGAAGAACCCCUGAGACUCAUCACCGUUGCAUCAUCCAAAACAUCAAACAACACCACCGUGCAAUUCGGAUUAUUAUAAGACUACCUGCGUCCACUCUCGAUCGCAAGCAAUCAGGCUGUUUCAUUGACCAACGCGCAACGCCACCAUCAAGCUUGGAACUGUAGCACUCACGAUAGUACCCCUGAUCCACGCCCCACACCCAUUCCGAAGAUAAGGUCAAUUGUGCCUUUCUCGAUUGACCAACGUCCACUAGUUCAUAAUGCAGCAUGCCAGGUACUAUAAUCCAAAUAAAAAGCUAAAUAAAACGGUUUCAAAUUCCAGUCAAAGUGAGCUACAUCGAACUACAAGCUCAAGCUCGAUCACUGCGCACCAGGCCAGCAUCGUUAUAGGUUCAAAAUCAGCAUCCAUCUCUCCUUCUGGUUCCAAAAACCUAAUGAGUCGCAAUGUGGGCUCCACCAUCACAAUUGGAAGGAAAGUUUCCACUCAAGUAAAAACCAACCGCUUCCAACAAAUAGGUCCCUCAACUAAUUCUACCACCGGAGGUGAAGAAAGCAUAACUGAACUGGCCCCUAACAAUCAGCAGAACAGCUUAAAAGAUCCCAUCCCAGUUACGGUGUGGUUUCAUGAAUUGAGAUCUUCCAAUGAAGAUGUCAUUAUAGAUGCUGGAAGUACAUCUGGAAUCCAACAUGGCAAAGUCUAUGAAUUCCAACUGUUGGAAUCCGCCGAAAACAAGCUGAGAAAACUUUUCUUUGUGGCGCAUGAUCGUAACUUCAAAGAAUCUGCUAACAAUGAAGAAGACCAGCUGGAACAAUCACUGCAUAGUAACAAGUCUAAAGCUCAAAUCACAUUAAUUUCCACUCCAUUAAGAAAGCUUUUGGAUAUUCCACCAAGAAGCGCGGCUCAAAUAAAGCUUGUGGAGGACCCGUCCACUAUCGAAGUUGAAUCUGUUGAAAUCUUCAUUAAAGAUAUAAAUUUGUCCAGGGACAUAAUGUGGACACUUUCUUCUGCUUUAGUGGGAACUUGUGCAUAUAUCGAAAAGAGAGUAUCUUACUUUAGUAACAGAAUCGGUUUGAUAAAAGCCAUCUAUAAUAACGGUAAGGAAGUAUUCAGUGGAUACAUAGGAAAGGACACAAAAAUCAUUUUCAGGAGUGAAAGUGCCAAAUUAACAGUACUAAUACAAUUGUCAAGAGAGAUGUGGCAUUUUGAAGAAAAUGGAGAGAUUAUAUUCCACAAAUUAGUCAAUAACUUGCUACCAAAAAUAUUCAAAAAAUGGAGAGCGAAUAAUACUCAUCAUUCCAUUACCAUCGUCUUAUUCACUAGUGUGGACUUAACAGAUAUACCGUGGAUCACCCUCAACCAAGGAGAAAGGCCCAAUAACCGUCGAGAUUACUAUAGAGUGGUGGUGGAUCAGGUCAAUAUUCUAUCAUGGGAUAGGAUCAUGGCCAAUUUGAGAUUGGAGUUUGCUAAUUUUAAACGUGAUAUCAUGUUGAAGCAAGGUAUCGUCAAUCAGUAUUAUAUGGAAGGUGAGCCGUUGCCUGCAGUGAAAGGAAACACUCUCGAGGCUCUCAAUUUGGGCUUAUCGCUUGUUCAUAACAAAUUUAGGAACACUGACUUGAAGCACUCGUUAAACCACUUCAUUUUGAUAACUCCCGGAACAGGGCUAUUUGAUGUUAACUAUGAUCUACUUCUAGAGACAAGCAAAAAAAUGGCGACAACUGAUUGCAGCUUGGAUGUGGUUAGUUUGAGUCAGCCACCGUUACAUACCGUUCCUUUGUUUCGGUACGGCGAUAAGUCUGGUGCUACCAAGCAUUGUGUACCAAAUUGGUGUGAUAUCUCAUUCUAUAAAGAUAUAAGUUCCUCUUCAAAUCAUCAGUGGAUUCCCCGGUGUAAGAUCUACGAACUUCAAAUGAUGGGUGUAAUGGAAAAUGAGGUAAAUGACGUCAGAAUUGAAAGGUUCAAAAUGAAAAGAAAUGAACGGUCACUACUUGAAUCUAUGGAUAAGUAUGACGAUGAUGUGUUUAAGCCAAUUAAGGAGAAAGUUGAUUAUUUCAAUGAUGCAGAAAUAGACAACUAUCGUCUUGAGAGCACUCAUAAGAGCAAGUUCAAGCCUACGAAUUUGAAGGAUUCGAAUGCUACGUUAUCUUUGAUUUUUAGCAAUCGCACAAUGCUAACAAAUGGUGCUGGAACUACUGCGACUGUUAGUGUCACUGGUUCAGAAGUCUCCGCUACUGGAACAGUCACGACCACCAACAAUACCGAAACUUCGGCUUUGUCUUCAUUAUAUGUCCUUAACAAGAACACGGAUGAGAAAAAAGUUCCUUCGAAUGCAUCCCUUAGGUCAAAGAGUUCAUUUAUCAGGGAGCAACCUAAGCGAGUUGAGUCAAGUUUAAAACCUAGAAAUAAUUUGACCAUUGAACCUCUACGUGCCAAUAAAAAGCAUAAUGAACAGCUUGAUAAAUUCAGAUCCAGGACUAAGUCUAAUGCACCAAAGGAUAACUUCAGGUCUAGGUUGAAGUCUAACGAAAAGCUAUCCAGAUCUCACAAAAGAUCCUCUGGAGGAACCGGUCUAAUUGAAAAUGAACCUGAAUCUGAGACCGAUAAAUAUUGGAAAGAUGUUCCAAAUCCUUCCAAGGAGACACAUUCUGAUAUUUUGCUACAAACUAGUCGAUGGAGUGAUGUGUUUCCAGCUAACGUUAAAAGAAAAUUGAUCAAAUGGAACUCGAUACAAUCACCAGCGGCAUUACCAAUAACUACUUCAAUUUUUCCCACCACGAAACAAUUGGAAUCUGAUUAUACUUUUCAAAUCUAUAACGUCCUACUUAAUCCUGAUGAGAAUUAUUUGGAACUCAAAACUACCCACGAGUUGAUGAGAGAAAUGAUUCAAUUGAGAUUACUUACUGGGUUCCAAAUCUGUUAUGGUCCCAAUGUUGAAAAGGUUGAAAGUGAGCGACGCUUGGGUGUUGGAGGUACUAAUAAUGGUGGACAAGGUUGCGAGAAUGUUUUCAAAUACUUUCCAGACAGCGAAAUUUAUGGGAUAACCCUUUACAUGUCGUUUCACAAGCAGAUUCAUAGGAUUUCGUUGGAUUACAGUGGCAACUUGAAUGUUCAAUUAUACAAGAAAUCCGUAUUUGCCAAUUCCGAUAAAUCCAAGUUAGCUUUGGGCUUAGGGCAUGGUGGAUUGAAUGGAAAUUCUACGAAAGCAUCACUCAAGCCAUAUUUCCCUUUAAUCAGAACUCGUUAUGCUGAUGAAUAUUCAACUGCAAAACUCGACGCCAUAAAUCUUAAAUCAUCUAAGUUGAAUUGGAAUCAGUUUGAUCAAUAUUUGGCAGGUUAUGAAGAUAUUAUGCCAGAUGUCAAUAAAGAGUUUUAUCAAAUGAAGUUUGUCAUCAUGCCAACGGACAUUCCAAAAAAUGCGUACUAUAUCAAUAAUGAGAGCUUAUCUGAUGAGGAGAUUAGAGUAGAAGGUUUAAGAAAGCUUAUUGGCCUAAUUGAGAAAGCCAAAUAUGACAAAAAGGAUAAGGUCAAAGUAGGAAAAGUACCAGAGAUUAUCUUUUACACUGGCAAUCUUUACGAUUUCUUAAAUGAAGAAGCGGAAAACUAUGAUAUUACGGGUGCUCAGCCUAAGUUAAUGAUUCCAGAAAACAUGAGAUUCAACAAAACUAUAAAGAUUAAUGAAUUAGCACAAGAGCUUCAAGGAGAAACAGGGUUAAGGUUGGUUGACAGAACUUGGCAUUUCAAAAAGCAUUUCCAUUGCUUUAUUGGAAGUGAAUUGAUUACAUGGUUACAAGAAUGCUUUGAGGACAUCGAGAGCAGAGAAGAGGCAACCUCCUAUGGCCAAACGUUGAUGAAUAAAGGUUUGUUCCGCCAUGUGGACGCAAGGCACGGAUUAUUGGAUGGUUACUACUUUUAUGAAAUUGAGGAUGAAUAUGUGGAUGAACUGUAUAAGCAAGAAACUCCAAGUUGGUUCACAAAGAAGAAGCCAGAGAAGGAAAUCACAAACGGUACAAACUCGGUUCAAGGCAGUUCGACUACUCCAGUAACUCCAACUACUCCGAUUUUGAAUCCUAGUAAUACUCGAAACAAUUCAGAUGCUGACUCUAUCUUAUCACCACAUAUGAGACCCCAGAAUGAUCCAUUGGACUUAACCAGAAUAAUUUCAGGAAAUCUCAAUGAAUCUGAUGGAGGUUCCUCACUUUCAGGUUCUACUCACGGUAGACAGAAACGGAAGAAGUUUGUUUUGAGUAAAUCAGUAAAAAUUAACGUUGAUCCCUUGAGCAAGUCGUUCAGACCUGAAAUUGUCACUGUGCAUUAUGAUAGAGUUCAUAACCCUGAGCACUGUUAUCAUAUCAGACUCCAAUGGUUGAACACCAAUUCUAGAUUCAUCGAUGAUAGUGUUUUAAAUUGGUCAAGAUUGUGUGAAAGACACGGAUUAAAAUUGGUGGAAACUCCGUGGAAGGAAUUAUGUACAAUUCCAUCUAUAAAUCCAUUUCAUUCAUUUGUGGACUUGAAGUUAGUGGUCAACCCAUGGCUAGAUGAUGAGUUUAACGAUGCAUCUAUCUUGAGGGAAACCAAGUUUUAUUACCACUUAUACUUAUUAAAGAAAACAGGCUUCCUCCUCGAUAAUAGAUCAACAGUAUUUUUCCUGAAGGGACAUAUCGAAAUCUCCUACAGUUGGGGUAAGCCGACAUUCCAAUACGCUCAAUACAUUCAUAGGACUGGAUCUUAUUUUGUUGAGUUGAGAGAUAGUGGGGACUUCUUCUUGGCUCCCAAUAACAUUCAUAUUACUAGAGUAAACACCCUACUUACCAGUUUACCUGAUAAUGAUAACAACUCUAGAACCUACCAUUUAGAUUCCCAGAGAGUCAUGUUGAACUUCAGAUCUACAUGUCAAAACCCAGAGCUAUUGAGAGAAAUAUUCAGAGAAGCUAAGAAUCAUUGGGAAGAUAAGAAUAAAACUCAUGUUAUGCCAUCGACAGUCUGA